GCAGCAGACAUUUCCCUGUCACUGGAUCUCUUUAUUCUGUCUCCACACGUUUGGAAGCGGCGUCUACUUCAGGACAACGAUGUCCGGACCGAGCUGCCGUCGCUGCUGCUGCCUGUUCUGGUUUCCUGGACUCUUGUUACACACUGUGACUCUGCUGAGCUCAGAAUUCCGAAGCUCCGCAGGAAUGCAGGUGACAUCCACGGGUCCACAGACGCUCCAGAAAGCCAAGGGAGAGAGCGUGACUUUGGGCUGCAGCUACGAGCCGAGCCCAUAUGACACCGGAGAACUAGACAUCGAAUGGUCUGUGGUCAGUCCAGACACCACACAGAAGGACGAGAUGCUCAUUUCCUUCACUGGUGGUAACAAAUACAUCCAUGGAAACCACAACACUCUGAGCUUUGCUGCUGCUGACCCUUCACAGGGAGACGCCUCGCUCUUCAUCGCCGCGCUGUCGCCUGCUUACAGCGCCACCUACCAGUGUAAAGUGAAGAAAUCUCCAGGAGUGGACACGCGCAAGAUGACACUGGUGGUGCUGGUGAAGCCGUCUGUGCCUAAGUGUUGGGCGGAGGGGGGGCAGCUGGUCGGCCACGCCGCAGCUCUGCACUGUCACUCUGCCACAGGCUCCGCCCCCUUAAAAUACCAAUGGAGGAGAGAGGGGGGAGGCGCCAUCCCUGCUACAGCCACACAGAACAGCUUGACCGGGGAGCUGAAAAUCAGUAACCACUCACAGAGUUUGGCAGGAAUCUACGUUUGUGAGGCGAACAACGCUGUAGGAGCUGAACACUGCAGGAUCAACCUGAGAGCAAACACACCUCCAAACAGAGCAGCAGUGAUCGUCGGCACAGUUGUGGGUUCUCUGCUCCUCAUCAUCAUCCUGCUGGUCUUCAUCGGGCUGCUCUUCUGGAAACUGAGACACAGAUUUGACUAUGAGAAGGAUUUCUCCAAUGACAUCAGGGAGGAUGCUCCGCCUCCUGAAAGUCGCCCCGUCAGUCGCCACACGAGCCGCAGUGCCAGCCGUCACCCACAGGUGGCGUACAGUCAGGUGGGAGAGACCAGGCCAGACGUGGGACACCGUCGUCCUCUGUCGACGAGCAGCGGCGGUUUUUCACCACAGAAAAGCACAGCGGUGGAAUAUGACAGUAAAUAUGGACACGCUGUGUGACGUCAGCGACCACACAGACUCAAGCUCAGUCACACACUGACGUUUAACACGUUUUCUUCUUUAUUUAAACUAGUGCUGUCAAACCAUUCAAAUAUUUAAUCACGAUUCAUCGCACAUUUGUACCUAUUCUAAAUGUCCCUUGAUUUCUUUUUGUCCCAUUAUUUUUUCUCGUUAAUGCUCUGAUCAACAUAGAGGAGUGGAUCGUCUUGCUUUGUGCAGAUGUUUUUUUAUUGAGACGUUAGCCGUGUCCCAGUCCAGGUCUGGACCCUGUGUGGUGUGUGGAUUCGUCAAAAUGCGUCACAGCGCAGCGACGUAGGCGCUCUACGUCGACUCCUUCGUAUGUGGCCGACGUGAGCUUGUUUGGGAAGGAUACGUCUGGUGUAUCCUUCUCAGCCGACCGUAUCCCAUAAUUCUUUGCGCGCCAGUGGCAAAUCUGUUCUAAUACAAACAAGAUUGCGGAGGGAAGUGUUUCGAGUGGCAGCAGCUAGUUCGUUAUGAAAUGUAAGUUUGACAAACCA